AGAAAACGAACACAACUUUGUACCCAUCCUAUGUACUCUGUUCAACUUAUUAAGUCAGGAGCUGUCUCUGUCUAAAAAAUCUAUUACGCAGUACACUCAGAACCACGCAAUCGCUGCAAAAUUUCUUUAGAUUCGACAUUGGCUGGCAGUGAGACGGCAAUCAUCUGCUAUUGUUGAAAAUAAUUUUAAGUUUUUCUUUUGUAAUCAACACUAUUUAUUAACUAAAGUAUCAGGGAAUAUCGAAACAAUACAUUACAUUUGACGCCAGUAAAAUUUGCUGAGUCCACCAAGGAGAGUAUCUAGAAUUUUCGUUGAUAAAUUGAAGCGAUCGAAGAUAUUUAACAUGUCAUUUAACAGACAAGGAGGCGGUGGUAGCACAUUCAGAAGCCGAGAAAACCUCUCAAAUGGAGGAGGCAAUGAUAGAUUUGGAGGUGGUCGAAGCGGCGGUGGGGGAGGGGGUGGUUUCAAAGGCGGCAGUGGAGGAGGAUACCGUGGCAAUGACAGUGGCGGCGGCGGCGGAGGAUUCAGAAGUGGUGGAGGUGGUCGUGGAGGCGGUGGAGGAUUCAGAAGUGGAGGCGGGGGAGGAGGUGGAUUUCGAAGUGGAGGAGGCGGCGGAGGAGGUCGUUUUGGCGGCAGAGGCGGAGGCGGCGGUAGAAGUGGGCCCCAAGGUGGCCGCCUUUACAGACCACAAUGGGACAGUAUCACACUGCGUCCAUUUAAGAAAGAUUUUUACGUUCCUCAUCCAGCAGUAGCUAAUAGGUCACAUUACGAAGUAGAACAGUUCCGACGAGCCAAAGAAAUUACGAUAGAAGGUAAAGUUCCAAACCCCAUACAGCAUUUCGAGGAAGCCUCCUUCCCUGAUUACGUAAUGAAGGAAAUUAGCAAACAAGGCUACGAAUAUCCUACUCCGAUUCAAGCUCAAGGUUGGCCUAUAGCUUUGAGCGGAUUAGAUUUAGUCGGAAUUGCACAAACUGGUUCUGGUAAAACUCUUGCUUAUAUCCUUCCAGCUAUAGUACAUAUUAAUAACCAACCAGCUAUAGCUAACGGAGAUGGACCUAUAGCGCUAGUUCUAGCCCCAACGAGAGAAUUAGCUCAACAGAUCCAACAAGUCGCCAGCGAUUUUGGAAAUUCCACAUACGUUAGAAAUACCUGCAUAUUCGGAGGAGCCCCCAAAGGACCCCAAGCGCGUGACUUAGAAAGAGGAGUUGAAAUUUGUAUAGCCACUCCCGGUCGUUUAAUCGAUUUCCUUGAAAAAGGAACCACAAACUUAGAGAGAUGUACCUACUUGGUACUCGAUGAAGCUGACAGAAUGUUGGACAUGGGUUUCGAGCCUCAAAUACGUAAGAUUUUGGAGCAGAUCCGGCCUGACAGGCAGACUUUGAUGUGGUCUGCAACGUGGCCCAAGGAGGUCAAGAAACUAGCUGCGGAUUUCCUGAAAGAUUACGUCCAGAUCAACAUUGGGUCUCUACAGCUCUCUGCCAAUCACAAUAUUCUUCAGAUCAUAGACGUUUGCCAGGAGUAUGAGAAGGAAUUUAAACUGAACCAACUUCUCCAAGAAAUAGCCAAUAACAGUGACCCCGACUCCAAAAUUCUAAUUUUCGUCGAAACCAAAAAGAAAGCUGAAGCUGUAUCUAGAACGGUAAGAAGAACCGGUUUGCAAGCUGUGUGCAUGCACGGAGACAAGAGCCAGCAAGAGAGAGACUUUGUACUCAAUGAGUUCAGAAACGGAAAAUCCACAAUUUUAGUCGCUACAGACGUUGCAGCAAGAGGAUUAGAGGCACAUGCAGGAUGAGCGUACAUAGCAUAAAAUAAUCACGAGACAAAACAAUUUUGCUAAUGAUACGCCUUUGUUGUGUUCUUGCUUUAAAGGAUGCAAUUCUGUGUCUUGCGGUGCCUCUGGCUGUGCAACAGAAGACCGAUGGGGAAAUGGCACAUUCUCGACCACUGGGGCACUAACUUUUAGUAAAACUUGCUGCAAGCGUUCAGUUUGCAGCGCACUUUUGGCUAAUUGCAGGGUUGCCACCCUCAACAAACGUAGAUAUGGGUUUCGAGAUACUGAUAUGUUUUAACACGAAAUUCUUCCUAAAAUAAACAAUGUAAUGAAGGAUUUAAUAUUGUGAGAUGAAUUCAAAAUGGGGAAAUGAUCUUCGUGAUGAUAAAAAGUCAACAGUAUUUGAUGCUUAAGAAUGAACAGUUUUUGAUGAAAUUGUUCAAAAAUAGCAUAGCAAAUAAACAAAAAUUAAGAAUCUUAAACUGAUCUUAACAUAAAUUGAUGAACAAACUCAAGAAAAGAAGAAAAUAAAAAAUUUCUCGAAGGAUGUAUUGUAUUUUGGCACUCGUACAAACUUCGUUUGGUGGGUUUCGAGAUGAUUCUGAUGUAUUUUAGCUCACAAUUGUCAGUUACUCUUGAUUGUCUUAUCUAUAAAGGUGAAUAUCUUCCUAAUUCUAUCUUCCUAAAAAGCAAUAUACUCUAGUAGGAUUACUCCAAACCAUGAAUCAAAUAAACAAAAACUACUAAGCUACUAAGAAUCUCGAAUGGAUAUUACCAUGAAAUUGAUGAACAAACUAAAAUAGGUUUUAUAAUGUAAGCUAGUACAGUAAUCCCUCUUCAACCGCGGGGGUUACGUUCCGAAGAGAGAGGUGCGGUUGGUGAAACCGUGGUUGGCGAGGGAUCAACGAUCCAAAGAAGAAUAUGACAUAAUCCCAAUUUGGAUACGUAUAUUAGUACAUAGAAAUAAAUAUGGUGAAAUUGCCUAUCUGUGAAAUAUGUAUUAUCAUAUCAACAAAAAUAAAGACGCUGAGAUCAGCGUCUACAUUCGCGGGUAUUUUAAACCUUCUGAACUAUAAACUAAUUGCGGUAGUAUUACUACUAAGAACAAGCGCCAGUGGUGUAUCAUGAGUAAUUUAACGCGACUGGUCAAAUUAUAAAAAAUAUAUAAAAAUAAUAAAACAUUCUCAUUAAAGAUUCAACAGAUAUCGCAACCGCGGAUAAGUGAAACCGCGGAUAAUGAGGGAUUACUGUAAUACAUAUUGUGUCACGGAAAACUUCUAUUUGACAACAGUGAUCAGUAUAUGAUUUGUCUGAGCACUUAUUUAG